AUGCAGCAGACUCGAAGCUAUGAUGGGUGGCGGAAGGGCGCGCAGGAAGCAGCCGACUGCUUGGCCAGUGGAGCCGCGGGUAUGCUGGCUGUAAUUGUACGCAGUCCGUUCGCAAAAUGGCGAGCAGAUCGAACAAUGCUGGAAGAUCUUACAGUAAUUACUGUCGACAGAGCAUACGGAGAUGGAAAGAGACUCCAGAUCCAGAUACGGGGGCCAGAUGACCCUCGUCAAUACUUACUCGCCGAGAUUGAAGAUCUUACUGUGAAAAAGAUUCAGGUACUGGCAGAAGAGUCUGCAAAUUUUGAGGUAGUCGGCUUGAAUAUCAAGGCCGUUGGGCUAAAGGAGCGCAUCUGA